AUGCCGAAAAAAUUUGCUUCCGAAAAUACAAAAGCCGUAGCAGCCAGAGAACGCAAAAAGCAGGCAAAAGAUGAAGCCGAUAAGCAGAAACAAAAAGAUAUCGAGGAUGCCUACUGGCAAGACGACGAUAAACAAAUAAAAAAGAAGCAACAGAAGAAAGAACAGGAGGAAAAGAAGAGAUUGGAAGCAUUACAGCGUAAAAAUGACGCAAAAGCUUUGCUCGAGAAGGAAAUGGGCGAGAUAUCGAAGAAACCAGCUGGUAAAGUGGCACCUCCAUCAAAGCUUACUAGACAACAGAUCAGCGACAAGGUAGCGAGUACUACGAAGCCUGAAAAGCAACCUGAGAAGAAAAUUGAAACUCAUCUUGAUGUACCUCUGGAAGAAAAUUUGAACAGAGUUCACACUGAGGGAGAAGCAAGAACAAUAGAUGAAGCAAUCUCCAUUCUUGGAGGAGCAGAUGAGACAUUGGAUAAGCAUCCUGAGAAGAGGAUGAAAGCUUUAUAUACAGCAUAUGAGGAGCGCCGACUGAAAGAGCUCAAAGUGGAGAAUCCAUCACUGCGCUUAUCACAGUUGAAACAGAUGAUUUUCAAGGAGUGGCAAAAGUCACCCGAAAAUCCUCUUAAUCAACAAAAGUGA